AUGGCCGCAGAGGAUGGUGAACAAGUUUCUGGUGUGUCCGCCCUAUUAAACCAAGGCGCCGAAGGUAAGCUAUACAUCGGCCACCACAAUGGCACUCGCUGCUUGGUAAAGGAACGGUUCUCGAAAAAGUACCGCCAUCCGGAUCUGGACGUACAACUCACACGGCAACGGAUCAAAGCCGAGCAUAAAGCAUUCGAACGAUGUAAAGCGGCCGGAGUCGAUACGCCCAAGUUGCUGGACGUAGAUCUGACCGGACGAAAGAUCUACAUGGAGUAUUUGGAACAGGCGAAGACGGCAAAACAGCAUGUAGAUGAGGCGGUUCGAGAGGGAAAUGGCGAUGGUUCGAAAAUUGUACAUCUGGCGAAGGAAAUCGGUCGAGUAGUGGGAUUGCUACAUGGUCACAACAUUAUCCACGGUGAUUUGACUACUUCCAACGUUUUGCUGGAUCCGGCUGUGCCCGAAGGAUUCGUACUUCCCUAUCGACUGGUGAUGAUCGAUUUUGGCCUGUCGUACCAUUCGCUGAAUGUGGAAGAUAUGGGAGUUGAUUUGUACGUUUUAGAACGAGCUCUGCUGAGUGCUCACAGUGAGGUUCCGAAGUUUUUCGAGCUGGUGCUGGAGAGUUACAAAGAGCAUAAUAAUUAUAAGGUAAGCGAAACCAUAGCCAAGUACGAGGAAGUUCGAGCGCGGGGACGAAAGCGGACCAUGAUUGGAUGAAUAUUGUUCUCGAAAGU